UGCUCACAUAUGCUGUCGUAGGAUAUAUUUUCUCACCCACUAAAGAGCACGCACCCACACUGUAUGAUAAAUAAUUAUAUACCAUCAUGGUAGGCUACUGUCCAAUCUGCGGGAAGCCCGUCUACUUUGGUGAGAAGAAGAGGUCCUUAGGGAGGGACUACCACCCUCUGUGUCUCAAGUGUCAAAGGUGCAACAGACAGCUGACAGCUGGACAACAUGCAGAGCAUGAUGAGAAGCCAUACUGUUCAUACUGCUACCUGAAGAUAUUUGGUCCAAGAGGUAACAGGUGACUGGUGUCUCCAUGGUGCACUGCAGCUCCUUCACAGACACCAGAAUGAGCCAACACGGACAAACGCUGACAUGAAAAAAGGCCUGUUUACUGGCCAAAAUAUUAGUAAAUUAAUAAAUAAAAUAAGGAUGAUACACAGAUAUCUAACAGUCCAUCCACUGGAGUAGAGUAUCAUUUACACCACAGCAAAUUAAUUAUUUAUAAAUGUGUGAUGACCACUUCAUGUGUAUGUGAUUGUUCACUUUUAUAAUGUAAUUGA